GAUAAUAUACGACACAUCGAUAAAUGCACAAUAAACGAGGGACUAUAAACGAAAUAUAAACGAUAAGUUCGUCUAACUGCAUCAUCCUCACAUUUGUUUCUGAGAACCAUCGCACGGACUCUUGCUUUUACAGAACCGAAGAGGAAGAAAGUGCCAAAGCAGUUGCAACGACGUCGUUCUUCGCAACUUCGAUUUUCUUCCCUCUGUCUCGUCUCGCUUGAUCCUGCUCUUGUUCUUGAUGAACAUGACACCAGUUUGCCCCUUUGUCAAAGCUGCUCGCCCUGAUGAUAACAAUGCCUCCAAAAAAUCAGGUGAAAAUUCUAUGAAACAUCAAGUUGAGUCUGAGAGUAAGGUGAAGAAAGAGGUUAAUGACUCGGCCAGUGCCUCACCGAAGUGCCCUUUUGGAUAUGACUCACAAACAUUUAAGAUUGGCCCCCUUAGCUGUAUGGUAUGCCAGGCACUUCUAUUUGACACCAGCAAAUGUGUGCCUUGUUCUCAUGUUUUCUGCAAAGCAUGUGUGUCACGCUUUAAGGACUGCCCUUUAUGUGGAGCUGAUAUUGUGAAGAUCGAGCCUGAUGCUGAUCUGCAAGGUGUAGUUGAUCGCUUUAUUGAAGGUCAUGCUAGGAUCAAAAGAUCUGUUAGUUCAGAUAAAGGAGAAGAAGCAGCAGAGAGUAAACAGGUCAUAUAUGAGGAUGUGUCUUUGGAAAGAGGUUCUUUCUUGGUGCAACAGGCCAUGAGGGCAUUCCGUGCUCAGAAUUUAGAAAGUGCUAAAUCAAGACUCAGCCUUUGUGCAGAAGACAUUCGUGAUCAGUUAGAAAAAGAUGGUAACACUUCAGAGUUAUGUUCACAGCUUGGAGCAGUCUUGGGUAUGCUUGGUGACUGCUGCCGAGCAAUGGGAGAUGCCAGUUCAGCGGUUUCGUAUUUUGAAGAAAGUGUUCAAUUUCUGUCAAAGUUGCCAAACGAUGAUUUGGAGAUUACACAUACACUUUCUGUUUCACUCAACAAAAUUGGAGAUCUUAAAUAUUAUGAUGGAGACCUUCAAGCUGCUAGAUCUUACUAUUUUAAAUCUUUGAAUGUUCGUCGUGAUGUUGUCAAGCAAAAUUCAAACAUUCCAUCCCAGGUUCUAGAUGUUGCUGUUUCUCUUGCAAAAGUUGCAGAUGUGGACAGAAAUCUAGGGGAUGAAAAGUUAGCGACUGAUGGAUUUCAGGAAGCCAUAGACUUAUUGGAAUCACUCACGUUAAAAUCUGAAGCUAGUGGGCUUGAGCAACGGCGACAAUCAGUCCUAGGCUUCCUUAGAAGCCAACUUCCAGAUACACAAGAACAAGCUGAGCCAACAGUCUGAGAUAGGUGCUCCACAGGAAGAAAGGAAACAUGAAUUCAGAUGCAAUAAAUGUUUCUGCAUGCCACAGGACAAGUUUGUAAAAUAAGCACAGCUUAAGAAAGGCACUACUAAUGGAGGAAGAGGAGAUUUCAGAGUAAUGAAUAUUUCAGGCUUUUCUGGCAUUGCAGUACCUGCCUAUGCCCAAGAUUCUACAUCAGAUCCACUUUGUAUUUUCUCCUGCACCCCUCUUAUUUUUCUUGUUUCCACCUCUUUCGUUGCAUCUUGGUGCAUACUGACAAUUGUGCUGGGGUCUCCCUUGCAUUAUUGUAACUAACUAUACUUGUCUAAUAAACUAGAAAUCAAGUAACAUGUACUAUAGGUUGUGUAGUUUGCGUUAGAACUUAAUGAAUACAUUCUAUACUGUGAAAAGUGAAAUUUAUAAAAUAUAUUUCAUAACUGUA